AGCACGAUCACUGACUUGGGCUUCUACAAUUGGCUGCUUGAUAAUUAAAACACCAUUCUUAAAGAUUUCCUUUGCCGGAUAGAAGAGUACUCGCUGACUUAUUAAAAACCUUCUCUUCCAUAUAACUUCUUCGUGACAUGUAUUUAGCUACCUUAAGAAAAAUCAGUUAUCGCCUGCUUCUGUAUUAGAGAUACAGAAAGACAUAAAAUCAUUUUUGUGAAUGGUAUAGGAGGUGCCUCCGGCCACGGCGAUGCUUUCUGUAGGCCGAAGGGGUGGCCUGUGCUUGUCAGCUGUUCAUUCCACGGCGUCAGUGAGAAUCUCCGACAGGCAUGGGUGGCCUCUGCCCAUCGAGCUGGACAGGCUUUUGUUGGGCCGCCAUUCCCCAGCAGGAGCAGUUUGGUUGUGCCCCGUUUUAGUGCGAGACAGAGAAAUCCUGGCAGCUGUCCUUUCUCCUCUCGCUGCUUAUGCUGCUUUCUAAUACCUGCCCAGCAUUUCCAGGCAGCUCCAGAUUCCAUGAGCUCUUGUCUCAGCUGCGUUCAACAAAUGCUUUUUAGUGGAGCUGGUGUGUUUCAAAGAAGAGGGGAAGAGAGCACAGCAAGUGGAGGAGGAGAGACGGAAAAUGCAAACCACCAGGCAAAGCCCCUGUGCUUGGGUGACCGAAAGCUCAGCCAGCAGGGAUUUACGGAGCCUUCAGCGUGACGUACCCCUUCCCAUGCUAACAGCAGGCAGCAGGUCAGGAGCUGCAGGCUAGCCAGCGCCUCGAUGUCUCUCCCAGACGAGUGCUGUGUUCAUCAUUGGCUGUUCACUUUUAGCGCGCCCGACUGCCUGCUACAUGAGAACUGAAGGGAGCUCUGGCUUGCGCUGCUGACGUGACCUUUUCCUUUGUAGCGUGAACAGCGUGGGAAGUCUCCAGAAUUUAGGCAGGGAGGGCUGAAGACAACUGAAAGCGGAGAGGUUUGACGUGUGAGGUGCAGGGGGCCUGUGGGACUAGACCCUUAGUCAAAGGCUUCCUCCUGGAAGCUGGUUUCUGCAGGCGCCUGUUGACACGAGCUUGUACAAGCCUGGCUCAUGUUUCUUGAGCAGUAUUUUGGAAGGGCCGUCCACUCGAGAGUCUGAGUUUUGCUGAGGGCCACUGAAAUGGACAUCCUUGAGGCAUUUUAGCCGUUCUUCUAAAAAGCUCUCUCUUGCCACCCCCCGGUAACCUGCCGUGAUGUUUAAAUGCUGCCUAGGACAGUGUAGUGGCAUAAUGACUCUACUUGCCACGUGGGCCCCGCCUCAGCGUGGAGAUCUCUACGUGCACAGACAGACUGGCCAGGUUCCUUGUGGGCACAAAGCCUUCACUGCUUGUCUUUCAAAGGGCCAUCUCUUCAUGCGCAUUUUUAUGAAGCACAGAAGAUGAUAAUGUCUGCGUGUAGCCUGUCACGGGCCAUUGGCGUUAACAUGCAAUCCAUCAGUCUGCACAUGAGGUGCUGAGUAAGAGCCUGGGAUGAUCCUGUGUCGGUAACACUUGAUUUCAGAAUCCUCUAAUUUCUUUGUUUCCUAUGUUCAGCAGCUAGAGCACCAUAGGACGGCUGCACAUUAAAGAUCUCGAGCUACAGAAACUUCAUCAGAGCUGAUCUACAAGCUUGGUGCUAGGAAGGCAGUUUCCCUCUGUAAGGAGUCUUUUUCUGCAAAUCAAAGAUUGAGGGUUAUUCUCCUCUCUGGUAGAGGGAGCUUGGUUUUAUUUCUCAACGAAUAAAUGUACAUGCUUGCAUUCCUUGCCGUGUCUGUAGCUGAGCCAGAACGCGCGGGAAGGACAAGACCAAAGCCCAGUCUCAGCAGCUGGUCUGCUCUUGCCCGGUGCAACGGGAGCAGAACUCCCUGUGUAGCUGUUCCGUGUUGCCGAAGGCACGUGGCGAGGCAGGAACGGGCUCCUGGUGCCAUGCGAAACCAGCCGGCAGCUGCCAGAGAGCGCGGGGGGCUGUUCGGGUCCAUGUGCCCACGUGUUUUCCCUGCAAGUGUCCUGGCCCCGUGUCUGGUGGGGCUUGGAGGGGUCCCCCAGCUGGGCGGGCUGCAACUGCUGCAGCCACGGCGCUGGGACCGCGCUGCCCGCCCUGCCUUGGGCUGCCUCAGUAACUGGUUGUUCAUUCGCCUGUCGCCCGCAGAAGCGGAGAGGAGGGGGCCGUGGGUGGCGAUGGCUGAGCAGGAGGCGCUGGCCGAGCAGGAGAGCAAGGCGGGAAGUUUUGCGCGCAGCCGCGUGAGGAAAAGCGCAGUGGGACCAGAGAGCGGCUCCCCCGCCUGUGUGAGGCUGUGCAGGAGGACGUCCGUGCCCGGGGCCAUAGCCAGCAGGUGGCCCAGGAGAAGCUCCAGGCCGACAUCUAUGAACGGGGUGAACACCUGCAACAUGCUGCUGCACCAGGUGAGGCAGCGGAGACAAGUGCGGGAGGAGCUGCAGAGGCGGCUGCAGCAGCUGCAGGAUGCUGCGAUGCCUGACAAGCAGCAGCAGGCACAGGCGCAGGCCAUUUGCCAGCUGGAGAAAAACAUUGAGAAGGUGCUCCUCAAAGUCCACACUGGACAGAAGGUGACUGCCCUGUACCUGGCGGUGCGGGAUGUCCUGAGGAAGGAGCUGGCCCACCUGCCUCCGCACCUGGACCUCCUGUGCAAGAUGGCCGAGCUGUAUGGUAGGGAGCUCCAGGACAUGGAUCUCAUGGCCUUGGAGGCCUGCAAAGCCGCUGACAGAGCCAAGGAGGACGCAAACAGGACGCGCAGCCGGAUCCUUGCGGAGAGAGCGCGCAUGUACCGCUCCCGGGCCACCCAGGAGGUCUCUGUAGACACAGGGUGGCGGAAGGACGUGUACCAAAGACACCUGAGAGCGCAGGAGAGGCACGAGCUCACCGUGGACUCCCCGACCCCGGCCUCACAGGACCAGCUCGUGGGCACCAGUCUGGAGGCCGUCAGGUCCCAGAUGGAGCACGAGGCCAGGGUCACGCAGAAGAUGCAGCAGGCCAAGGCUGCGCUGCAGUGCUCCAGGAUCUGGGACAUACCCGGCAGGCUCCUGGAACAGCAGAAGUCCUCGGCGGACCUGGAGCAGUGCAUCAAGGAGGGCGAGGAGAAGAAGCGGGCACUGGCGGAGAGGCUGCACGAGCUGGAGCUGAACCUAGCUAAGCUGAAGUUUCACCAGCCCUCCAACACAAGCAGGGUGCUGGAGGAGGAGCUGCGGCUGAAACUGCAGUGCCAAGAGGCUCGGCUGGAGGAUAUGCGGGCCCAGAUGAUGAGGAGCAAGGAUGUUCUGCUGAAAUGUGAAGAGGACAUCGACAGCCUUUUCGUCCGCCUGCAGGGCAUCGCCGUGCCCGGCCAGGAGGAUCCCGUCAAGGCCAUGGCGGUGGAGGAGAAGCUGCAGCACUGUGAGCAGAAGCUGCGCUACCUGGUGCAGCGGGUGGCCAGCCUGCCCCACGACUGGCGCAGCCCCAACAAGGACAACAAGGUGCGCGGGGGCUCCAUCCCUGCUGUGGCCUUUGGGCACCCGCACGGGGCUUUCCCAUACGGCCCAUCCCAAGCGUCCUCCCAGCUGGCAGGAUGGAGGUGGCGCCAGGGGAGAGCCAUGGAGCAGCUCAGCCCCCGGUGGCACGGGGCACUGCAGGGUGUGCCCCGCGCGGGGACCUCGAGGUGGGGCAGCCCUUGGCUUGGAACACCCACCUCCCCUUCAGCAAGUAACCCAGAGUGUCUUCCACAGAUUUUUGCCGAGGUCCGUAAUUUACUAGAGAACACCACUGCGGAUCACCCACAGAACCUGAGGGUUUCCUUGGAGGACGCAGGCAGCGGCCAAGGUAGGAGAGCACAGCGAGGACACGUGCCACAGCAACCAUCCCAGCCCCUGCCCGUGGGGAUUCCUGGGCAUCCUUGCCUGUCUUCCACUGUCCCAGCAGAGCCCAACCCACGAGCUGCUUGUCCCAGGUGCUGUGGGACAAGGAGGGAGAGCCUUGGCUUCAAAAUCACCUGGUUGUGGCCUCCUCCUGUUGGAUGUUCUUGGGGGAGACCACGAGCUUUUGGCAGCUCUCUACUGUGUUUUUAACAAAGCGGGAGCUGUACCCACCACCCCCUGGCUCCAGGCCUUUCUGGGAAGCGCCAGCAGUGUUGAAGAGGGGCCACAGCGGUGGCAACCCCAGGCUCUGCAGGUCCCCCUGGGAUGCGGGGCUGGCAGAGCCAGUCGGCAGUGCCUGUGCCUCAGGGCUCCGCACGAGGGCUCUCUGGGAUGCCACCAGCCCUGCAAAAGGUGCCGGCUCUGCCCAGGGACACGAGCGCACAGAGCCUCCACAGCCCACUCCUCUCCACUCUCUCCUCAGAGUCCUUGGAUUCUGAUGACGAAUCCUGUGGCCUUGUCCUCACCCGGGAGGGCAUCAAGAAGCAGGGGCUGCUCCUGAUGAAAAGCAAGCAGCGUGGCAAGAAGUAGCAGUUUCUCCAGCAGACCUUUGCA